AGAGACGACGAUAAAACAUCUAAGCAGCGGCUGGGAAAACAGAUAAAAAUGUCCACACGCAGCGAAUUUAAAAACACAGUCAAGGGUAUUUCUUAGCAAUAUUUAUCGGGGAUUUUUCACACCGUCCGAAGCAACACAAGGAUCGCGCGAGGUAGAGACAAUGUCAGAAGAGGCCCAAAAUAGAGUGGAUGAGGACUUUGAGUCUGAGGAGGGAGAUCUUGAAUCCUAUCUAGAGGAAGAGAGUAGCAGUGAGCUUCUGGAGCGAGUGAAAGAACUUCAAGCUGAGAACUCUGCCCUGUCCCUUGCCAAUGAAAGCCAGAGAGAAGCUUAUGAGCGAUGCUUGGACGAGGUGGCCAAUCAUGUUGUCCAAGCUUUACUCAAUCAAAAGGAUCUCCGAGAGGAAUGCAUUAAGCUGAAAAUGCGUGUGUUUGAUUUGGAGAGGCAGAACAGAACACUGUGUGAACUUUUGCAGGAGAAAUUACACAGUCAAUCAUGUGCACAUCAGCAGCAGCCAGGUCCCUGUUUGGAACACAUCGGUGAGCUGCAGCACAGUGAAUCUACCAAACUGAUUGAGACUCAGAGGAUUCCGCAGGCCAAGGGAAACAGUGAGUGUGCACAAAAUUGCAUACCUGACACCCAGGGCUCAUCCACCUCAAUGGAGGCCAUGUCCCCAUUCUUGAAAAAGAAAGCACACAUAUUGGAGGUCCUCCGCAAGCUUGAAGAAACGGAUCCACUUCGGUACCAUCGUUCCUCUGGCAUUCCCUCAAUCUGUGAUUACAGCCAGGCUCUUGCCUCCAAGGAGGCUGUAUUAGCCUGCAGAGACAAUUCAUCCAGGUGCAAUGCACCCAAAGCACAUUGUUCCCAUUCCUGUCCAGAUGUUUGCACACAUCAGCAUUUGAAUGGAGGAGAGCACAGCAAUGUAAAGUGUGGUAGUUGUAGCACAUGCCUGAUGCUGUCCAAUAAAGAUUCCGUCAGCUUAGCCAAGAGUAGCCACAAUUGUUGCACUUCAAACUCCAUUAAUAUUGAUAACCUCAAUUUGACUCGGCCCGAUAUCCAGGAGAACAUGGACUCGCAGAGCCUGGUGAAGCCUGCCAUAGGUACAAGUGAACUGUUUGUAAAUAGAACAUCUGCUGACGUGUCUAUUCUUUUAGUGGACCCACCCAAUGAUCCCCACCCAUUAGAAGUCCCAGAGUCAUACUCCAGAUUAUCAGUCUCGGAAAGAGAUCAGACCAGAGGAGUUCCUGAUCAUAUGUCCGUAGAAACAAGAGACAAGAAUUGGUUGUCAGAUGUUCUGCUCGAGUCACAAUCAAACAGGUCAAGUGACAGCUCCUGCAAUGAGACCAUUUGUGAUGAUGGCACAAUUGAUGUUACCCUACUGGACUCUGACUUAAAGCACUUAAAUGUUGUGGUGCCACAGAGACUUGAGAAAGAAAUUGGUAGUGAAGAGUUUGCAGUGAAAGAAUACUCUGACUGUGUAUAUCAAGCCAGCACAGCCACCUCAAAGCUGCCAACUCUUGGACUCGAAGACAAUGCACACUUUGAUAUGGAAAGCAAUGAACUAGUUCACAAAGGUCUCUUAUUUUUGCCCAAUGAGAAUCACACUGCCUCAAAAGUAUUGGAUGAUAUCUCUGUCCCUGUGAAAGACAGCACCCCAACUGACCCUCAGUCCAAUAGAUCUAAAGUUGCAGUGAGCCCCAAUCAAGUUUCCUGCCUUAGAGAGGUCAAGGCCUCCCCCUCCAAACUUCUCAAAUUCCUGAAGAUACCCACUAUUGAAGAACAUACCACAGUACCAAAUCCACCUCGUCUCAGUCCUCAGUUGACACGAAGUUCGAAAAUUCCUUGCCGGAGCAACAACUAUGAGGUGCAACAGUCACCUGUCGCAACAAGAAAAGCCACCACAACUGAGAGGCAAAGACAGUUGCCUGCCUCUAAAUCAGAGUCACACUCCGCUCCAACUUCUCCACCCCAGCCUGAUGAUGUCCCCACACAGCUGACAAAGGAGCUUAGUUGUGGAAUACCUAAAACAAGUCGUGUAGCCAAACCUACGCAAAGUUCUCCCAUUCAGAAGACCCCUCAGAAAAUACCACACUAUGAAAAUGUCUCUGAUCUCUCAAAGACGUGUGGCACCGAUGUAUCCCAGUUGCUUGUGGAAGUGAGCUCAUCUCUUUGCAGUGCCAGUCCCAGUAAAGAAGGGGUGAAAGGAAAGCAGCAAAAAUGUGUUAUUGAAUGGCCAACAAGUCUCAAGCAGAAAGAUAUCUCACCAGAGUCUGAUUCUUCAGACCAGGAGGACAGCUCGGAGAGUCCAGUUUGGCAUAAGCAAGUCAAUCAUCGCAGUCUGCCUAGUCAGUCAUCAUCGCAGAAGGUUCAGAGCGGGAUCGGCACAAGGUCCAGAAGCCAAGAGAAGAAUGAAGUCACAGUUAAUGAUCCACGGAGCACACAGUCACCUUUUAAAAGGGAUGAUCCGCCACCUGUUCCUAGAAAAUCAGGGAUUGGAAGACAUUUAGGUGAAUCAAGCCAUUCAUUUAAAGAGCGACUGGCUGCACUUGGCAAGCUGAGGAACCCAGAGGAAACGACAGCUUGUCCUCCGCUUGCAGAGAAAAAAGAAAUUCAGUCCCCUGCAUGCAUACUAGCACAGUCCAAUGAUAAAAGCAAAAUGGCUGACAGAAAUUCUGAUUGUAGGUCAGGAGAAUAUAGACUUCCAAAAAAUACAGAAACCACAGAUGAUAAACCCUACCAUUCAGGUCAUCUUGAUGGUGCUAUCUCCAAACAAGCUGACCAAGCAGUCAGGUCACUGCCCUCUAGCUCGUUAGUCUCGAAAAUUGAACAUGAAUCUUCUAGAACAUUCUUAGCCAAGCAAGAGAGUCCAAAAUCCAAGAUGCAUCCACCAUCUACUAAUUUAGAAGCAGCACAAGCUUUACGCAGCUAUGCUAAAAGUACAACACCCCACAGCCUUUCAUAUAAUGUCAAAAAUGUUUCUGGCUCCCACAGUAGCAGCCCCAACAAAAUCCCACUCAAAUCACCAACGAAAACGGUGCCACCAUCUAUGAACCGAGAUGGGAAACCUACUCCGGAGUUCCAGAGGUACAUGUCAAAAUCUGAGGACAGGAGCCAUCACAGGGCCAAUAAGAAGAAAACUUCUUAUGGAGAGAGCCUUCCUCCUCCACCACCAAGACCGGUAGAAUCUGUAGAAGAAAAGAGGCACUCUGCUCCCAGCCCUCAGUCCUCUAUUGAGCAGAAGGUUAUGAAGGGCAUUGAGGAGAAUAUGCUGAAACUGCAAGAGCAAGAUAAAGGGCAAAUUGUCGAGGUCAAGCAGAAGGCUUCCAAUGGUAUUGCCAACUGGUUUGGCCUGAGAAAAAGCAAGCUUCCAGCUCUGAGCCGAAAACCAGAAGCAUCAAAGAUGAAAGAUGACAAGAGAGAAUGGAAACUCAAUAUAUCUUCGGUUGGCAAGGACACCAAGGGCGCUGCUAAGAAAACAGAGAGUGAGAGCUUGAACAUUUCUAUGCUAAUUGAGAAAGCUGAGGGCUUGCAUAAAGCUCUUGAAGAAGAACGGGCUUAUGUGAAUGGAGUGGCUUUGGAUCGCCAAGGAAAAGGACAUUCUUGUGAGGUAGUGAUGGACCAAGCCCAAGGGCAGCUGUCUGUAAUGUACAGAGGAGUGCCAUCUGACAACUUCAUGCAGCAACUGCUAAACCGGGUUGACGGGAAGGAUGCAGGUAUCAGUAUGGCACAUCGACGCCUCUCAUUUGACUGUAAAUCCAGACCUGUAUUCAGUCAUCAGAGCACAGUCAUUCCUAGUCAGACAAGAAGCAAUGAUGACAUGGAAAAGGUUUCUACUUUGAAUAAAGAUGUUACGUCUGAUGAAAACCUGGCUGAGACGAUUCAUCAUGAACACUUUGCAGUACCCUCUCUUACUUGCUCAGGAAUCUCUACACACACCCUUGACAGUGGCAUCGGCACUUUCCCUCUUCCUGACUACAGCGCAAAUGUUGGUUGCAAAAGCAUUCCCAAAGGGAAAGCCCAUGGAGAGUGUGACCCUCCUCUUCUCCAUGGAAAACAUGGCUCAGGAAUGAAGAGUUCCCACAAGGGCUGGACUUUGGAGAGAGAACUGUCAUCUUUAGAAGAAGAUUAUAUGGGUAGUCAGGAUAUGGACCAUCGCACCAGCACAUUGGAAACCAAGAUUCCAUCCAGCCAGAUUGGAAACAUUGUUCAUGAUGACACUGAUAUUUGUGGAGCACCUAUGAAAUUAGGCCCCCCCACAAAGAACUGGACUUUCCCUAACCUCAAAGCAUCUGCAGAGCCAUCUGAGGUUUAUCUUGGUGUCGGAGAUGGAGUGGAGCCAAUCAGUCAUAAGAGUUCUUUUAAGAGGCACAAUAAGACUAGUGAUUCCAUGGCCAACCGCGAAGGCGACCCAAGAAGUCUUCCUCAACCUGGUCAGGCACGUCGAGGCAAAAGCCGUAUUCCUACUAACCCAGAGAUGGUGAGGGACACUGGUCUAGAGUUGGUGAGAGAGAGACCUGACGAUGGCCUAUCUCCAAGCCAUCCCCAAGUCCUCGAGACCCCCGAAUCUCUGAGCGAUUCUCUCUACGACAGCCUGUCCUCCUGUGGUAGCCAAGGCUGAAAUUGUUUUAGAAGGUAGGACUGAAUGAUAACCAGGUACCAACCUUUUUUGUAACCCUGAUUCUCGUGAUGCUUCUUAAGCUUCAGACAUUUUCAAAGGUGGAUACUUGCGGAUAACCCAUUUUUUUGACCCGAAAAAACCAACACAAAAUGUUACCCCUGUACACAAGAUACCCAUGUUUGUAUCUCAGUUAUCCUUAUGGAUGGAAGGAGGACUAUUACAGUUUUUUUGGUGAUGUCAUUUUUAAACCAUUAUAACAACUCGGUCACCUCAUUCGUGUUCUCUGUUUCAAGUGGUAGCCAAGUAGUGACGUUGAACUUCAUGUUAUUGUUAAAGGGACGGUUUGCCCAAAAAUGAGAAUUCUGUCAUAAUUUCCUCACCUUUAUGUUCUGAACUCAUAUGACUUUUCUUUCAGCCUCAGUCACCAUUCACUUUCAUUGUAUCGAGAGAAAUAAUGCAAUUAAAGUGAAUGGCGACUGAAAAUAUAUUUUUUCCUAACAUCUUCUUUUGUGUUCCAUGACAGAAAGUAAGUCAUACAGGUAUGGAACACAUGAUGGCCAUUUUUGGGUUAACCACCUCUUCAAGUAACUUCAAAGACGAAAUCUCUGAGUCCAUUGCAACAGUCUUCCAGUUUUUAAACUCACCGAAUGUCCUGGUAUUCUCAUGCAACAUCAGUGCACAUUCUUUGGGAACAUUUGUGUAAAGUUAUUGGAAAGUGAAUGUUAAUAUAUGUGAUUUUCAGUUAAUUUAAUAUGCAUAUUUCAUGAUAAGAAAAAACAGUGCAUUUGUGUAAAACUUCAUGCAUAGAGCUUUGUUUGAUUCAUUACGUUUAAAGAUAAAAAUCUUGUAGCAGUCUCUUAAGUGCUAUCCGUGUAAGACAGAGCUACAGUGUUCCACAGUGAAUUGUUAUUUACAUUUAUUUAUUUUCUUUAAUAUUGUGGUAAGAAAAGACCACAUUUUAUUGGUUACUCCUUUUCAGUUCUUUUAAAACCUGUUCUGUGCCUGAUUUUGUGUGUUUGUCUCUCUUGGUGUCUAUAGGUUAGUUUGUUCCCCAAAUUUGGCCAUGGCUUGUUUGUGUAUAUAAUUUUUUUUUUUUUAAGCAAUGAUUUAAAAAAAACAAAACAAUAACUUGUGAUUUGUGAACUCGACCUAAUUCUGAACUGUGUUAUUGGAUCAACAUGCCUACAAUCUCUGACAUUGUAACACAAUUUAAAUUGACAACGACUUUCCAAGUUUGACCACGGCUGAACGGACAACAAAAAUGUGCAAAUAAUUUUCAAACCAUUCCCAUCGAAUAGAGGCUGAUAAUUCAUUCAUUUACUAUUUUUGUUGAUGCAAUAUUGCUGACUCUGCCUUAAACAUAUUUUCACAGCUGUUAGUAUCCUACUCUGGGCCAGGUUUAAUGAAGAUGAUAACUCAGCAGAAGGGAUUUUCAUUGGGAGGGAAAUGCUAAAGUUUUCCACAUACCCAUAUUUCUUCAACAUAAAACGUUUUGGUGCAAUUCAAGUCAAGGUGUUGCAAUGCAUGUUUUUGAUGAUGCUAAUCCUGCGAAACGGAUUAUAGGCACAAAAAAAAAACAUUCUUGCAUUUUCAAGUGGUUGCACAAAAGCCAUAGGUUAGUAGCACAGCCCAAAUCUUUUCAAAUAUGUGCUGACCUAUUUUUUAUAAAUCAACCAUAGCAAAAGACUAAUCAGAAACAUUCCCAAACAUGCUUACUGUCAUCCAGCAGUCUUUUCAGGCCCAUGUGAAAUGUACCAUUUGUGUAGAGACAAAUUACUUUGUAGCUCCAUCUAAUAAGCAUGACACUGUUUGUCGCAAAUCCAUUUAUUUUUUGAAGUAGUUUGUGUUACUAUGUUAGAUCAUAUUUUGCAUGCCGUUAUAAACUUUGUUAUUUACUUUGUUGUAAUUUUCAGGAAUAUUUUAUAUUAGUUUGGUAUGUUUACAAAAGAAUUUAUGAAGUUGUUAAUAUAUCUGUCAAAUGUUUAUACAGUAUACUGUAAGGUGCUAUCUGAUUUUUUUGUUUUUCCACUCUGUCCUGCAAAAGCCAUAAAUUUGUUUUCAUAAUCUCCUUUCUUAGCAAUUGCCAUUACUCAUGUGAUAA